CAGCUGAUUAAUCACGGUAUGAGCGAUUCGCCGCUGGAGGACAUGAAGUCAGGGAUCCUGGAGUUCUUCAACCUCCCAAUGGAUGAGAAGAAGAAGUUUUGGCAGGUUCCAGGAAUAUUAGAAGGCUUUGGACAGGCGUUCGUGGUGUCUGAGCAGCAGAAGCUCGAGUGGGCAGAUGCCUUCUACAUGAUAACUCUCCCGACCUACCUCCGGAAGCCCCACCUGUUCCCUAAGCUUCCUCAACCAUUCAGGGAUACUUUGGAAACCUACUCAGCAGAGACGAAGAAUCUGGCAGUGAGGAUCCUUAACCUGAUGGCAAAAGCUCUAGGAAGAGGGUGGCAGGGAAUGAGAAUGAACUAUUACCCUCCGUGUCCACAGCCUGAGCUCGUGAUGGGGCUCAACCCGCAUUCUGAUGCUGGUGCGCUCACCCUGCUCCUCCAGGUCAAUGAAAUCGAAGGACUCCAAAUCAGGAAAGACGGGAUGUGGGUUCCCGUCAAACCCCUGCCUAAUGCCUUUGUGGUCAACAUUGGAGAUACUAUGGAGAUGGUCAGCAAUGGAAUUUACCUCAGCAUAGAGCACCGAGGGACUGUCAAUGCCCUGAAAGAGAGGAUCUCCAUGGCGACCUUCUAUAGCCCAAACAUGGAUGCUGAAAUCGGUCCUGCCCCAAGCCUUGUAACUCCAGAAUCUCCUGCCCUGUUUAGAAGAAUCAGUGUAGUAGAGCAUUUGAAGGAUUUCUCAGGCGAACUGCGUGGAAAAGCAUAUCUUGAUACCAUGAGGAUUUAAAGAUGAAGAAGCCCGCAAGAUGUGGAAGCAGAUUAGUAGUUCAUAAAGUUUCUACACAAAUAAUAAUAAUAACAA